AUGAAUUUAAUAAAUGUUCUUUUAAUUUUUUUUAUUAAUAUUUUUUUAAAUAAUAUUACAUGGUAUAAUGUGAAUUACAACAUAUUUAAAUUAAGUUGUAUAGAAAAUGGUGUAUUGAAAAGAAAUAUUUUGGAAAAAAAUGAGAAUAAUAAUGCAAAUAAAACAGAAGGUCAGACUGAACAAUUUGAAGAAUAUAUACUAAAUAAAGGAACAAAUGAAUUUGAUAAAUUACAAUAUAAGUAUAUGGAGUAUGUUAAUUUUACCAUUAAUAAGAGCAAAAAUAAAUUUAAGCAUGCUUUGAAUGAAUUUUUAGUCUUUCUUGGAGCUCAAUAUAAAGAAGAUGAAAAGAUCAUUAUUAAUGUGAAAUUAAUUGAUAUUUUAUCCUUGUUAUUUGCUCAUUAUAAGGAUAAUUUAAGCAAUUUUGAUCAUUUUAUAAAUAGUUUUCAAGAUAGGAAUAAAUUUAUUAAUUCAGUUGAAUCAGAAUAUUUUAAAGAAUUUGUAGAUGAAAGAGAUAAUUAUAUUUUUAGCAUAAAAAAUUCAUAUUUUAAAAUUAAUCAUAUAGAUGAAGAUAAAGAACAAAUUUUAAGUAAAAAAAAAAAAAUUUAUGAAAUUUUUUUAAGUAAUUGGAAAAAUGACGGAUACUGUUUCCAUGAUAUUCAUGAGAAAAAAUCUUCCUACCUACCAAGAAAAAUUCAUUUAAGUGAAUCAUAUAAAAAUUCUAAAGAAAAUGGUAAGCCUUUAAAAUGUGUUAAUUUGAUUAGUAGUCCAAUAAACGGUAAAUAUAAAAAUUUAAAUUAUGAAGUUGAAAAAAUUAAUAAAUCUAAUGUUAAUGCAUCUAAAGAAAAAAAUGUAAAAGAAAACGAAACAGUUAAAAAUGAUAGUAAGGGCAAUAAAAAUAUAGAGAAUAGUAUUAUGAGUGAAUCUAAUGAAAAUCAAACUUGUGAUAUUUUAGCAAAAAAAAAUAGUGAGAAUAUGAACGUUAAUGCAAUAUCUGGAAUUUAUUAUAAAAUAAGAAAAAGAUUUUUUUUAAAUGGAAAUCCGUUAAAUGUAAUAGAAUUAAUAAAUGCUAUAGUUUCAAAUCAUGAUAAUGAGGUGGUUUCAAAAUUGUACGAAGGUUUAAAAGAAUUAGGAAUAACAACUUUUGAACACGUUGUUAGAUAUACUAAUAUUAUAGGAUUAUUUUUUGCUUAUGAUAUUUUUGAUGAAUUAUAUUUACAAAUAAAAUUAGUCAAGGAGUUUUUUAAAUCUAGAAAAAUUGCAAAUCUUCCUAUUUUAGACACAGAAAAUGAAAAAAAUAAAGAAAAAGUUUUUUUUGAAAAACAUGAAAUAAGUGAAGAUGAAUUUUUUGCUCCACCUAAUUGUUUAACUUCCUAUUGUUUAUUAAAAUCUUCAUGGAUGAAAAAUAGAAAUUUUACAAUAAAAAUUGAAAAAAGUAAUACAAAUAGUAUCAAUUUUAUGACAUUAGGAGAUAUUGGAUAUGGUUUUGAUGAAGAACAAAGUGAAUCUUCAGAAAAAGUUUUAAAUUUCUUUGGUUUUAAUGAAUUAAAAAAUACAGCAGAAACUAUGCAAAAAUGGCAUAGUGAUAAUAAAGCUGAUUUUGUUGUAAACUUAGGAGACAAUGUACCAAAAAUGGAAUCAAAAGAUUAUAUUGAGAAUUUUGACUGGUAUAAAUUAAUAAAGAACCUUUUUGUUUUUAAAAAAAUAAGUGAAUUACAAUUUAAUAAAUCACAAGAAAAAGAGCCUUCUUACAUUAAAAGUGUAGUUGAUUUUUAUGCUACUAAGCUAAAGAGAGCUAUUUAUGGAGAUGAAAAUAAAGAUAAUACUAAUAUAAAUAAGAAUUAUGAAAAUACCUUUAGUAAUGAAAAUUAUGACAAUCAUUUUAUUGAAUCUCAUGAUAAUUUAUAUGAAGAUGAAGAAGAAAUUGAUGAAUCUUUUGAAACAAUUCCAUUUUAUUCCAUAUUGGGUGAAAAAGAUUAUUUAUAUUUUCCAAGUGAACAGAUUCAAGAACAUUAUUCUAAUAAAAUUCCAGGGUAUUUUAUGCCUAAUAAUUAUUAUUCAAUCGAUUAUGAAUUUACUUAUAAUUCAUUACAGGAUAAUGAAAUCAAUAGUAAUGAAAAAUUCACAGCAUCUUUUAUUUUUAUUGAUACAUGGUCAUUGAUGAUGGGAUUUCCUAUAAUAAGAAAUUAUAGAUCGUUUCGAGAACAGUAUAAUUGGUUAGGUAAAACAUUAUAUGAAAGUGCAAAGAAAAGCGAUUGGAUUUUUGUAUUUGGUCAUCAUCCUUUAUUUUCUAGUGGAAGAAGAUCUGAUAGUUUCUCAUAUGAAGAACGUUCUUUUCAUGAAAUUAUAAGGGAUUUUCUAUUUACUUAUAAGGUUGAUGGAUAUUUUAGUGGACAUGAUCAUUUAAUGGAAUAUAUAAAUUUUGGUAAAUUAAACUUAUUUGUUAAUGGUUCAUCAUCAAGAAUAAUAUUUGAUGAUUCUAAAAUGAGUAGAGGAUAUUUUGGAAAAUUUCUUGGAAAAAUUUAUCCUAUUUCCUGUUAUGUAUUAAAAACAGUUCACAGAGGUCUUAAACCAAAAGGUUGUAAUAUUAAUAGAUACUCUAAAUGGCAUAAUAAAUCGGAUAUAGGAUUUAGUGCUCAUAAGUUAACAAAAAAUGAAUUUAUUACUGAAUUUAUAAAUGGAAGGAAUGGAAAACCUCUUAGCCAUAAAAUUGUUAUAGAAAAUAAAAAACAAGAAAGAAUAAAGUUUUAUGAUUUAGAAGGUUAUGCAAAUAAUAGAAUAAAAGAGUUGGAACAAAGAAUAAUAGAAUUCGCUUCAAAAAAUCCUGCAUUAGUAAAAUAUAAAAUUGAAGAAUUUAAAGAAAAUACUGAAAAAUUCAAUUUAAUUAUGGAGAAGUUAAAAACAGAAGAAGAAAAAAAGAUUUUUAAGAAUUUACUAUUUUUAAAUAAUUUGGUUUUUGACAUUUCAGAACAUGUUAUUAAUUUGCCAAUAAAUACAUUAAAAACCAUGUAUGAAAUGGCAAACAAAUAUAAACUUUAUUUUAAUAAAGAUCUUCCUAAAUACCUUCUUUCAUCUUUAGAAAAAGCCAUACAAAAAAAAAAUAGUAAAGCAGAUUCAAAUGAGGAUGAAGAGGAUGAAAUUGAGGUAAAUGAGAAAAGUGGUCAAAUUGACGACGAUAAUGCCACGAAAUUAAUGGAGUCUUUAGGUGUAGACUUGGAGGAGUUUAUCGAGAAAUAUGAAGAAAUGACAACAGAACAAAAGGAAUUUUUGCAAAAUCAAAUAGGUAAAGAUAUAUUAUUAGAAGAUUAUGUAAAUAGAAUUAGAACAUAUGUACAAAAUAAAAAAGAAGCGGAUCAAAAUAAUAAAAAUGAACAAUCAGAAGAAAGUAAAAUGAAAACCAAAGGAGAGGAAGAGAAAGAUGAAGAGGAAAAAGAUAGUGAAGAAUUAAAUGGAGAAGAAGAAGAAAUAAAAGAAGAAGAAGAAGUAAAAGAAGAAGAAGAAGUAAAAGAAGAAGAAGUAAAAGAAGAAGAAGAAGAAGUAAAAGAAGAAGAAGAAGAAGUAAAAGAAGAAGAAGAAGUAAAAGGAGUAAAGCAAAUAAGAGAGAGAAAUAAAAAUGACGAAGAAUUUCUAUUAAAUAAAAGAACACAUAAAAGAUUUAAAAAUUUAGUAGCAAAAGAAAAUAAAUUAUCAGAUAAAGACUACCUUUUAUUAAUGUUAAGUUCUCUUAAAAUUUAUGAUGAAAAUAAAUAUUCCUUAAAUAUAUCAUCAAAAAAAGAGUUUAUAAAAGAUGUUACAUCUUCAAAUUAUAUUUUAAAUAUAGACCCGAAAAAAACAUUUUUCCACUUAUCCAUUGAAAUGGUUCCAGAAGUUAAAAGGAUAAUUAAUAGUCUUGAGGGAGUAGGAAAAAAAAAACUUCUUUUUGAUUUAAUCAAUAAAUUAUAUGGAGAAAUAAUGAAAUUAAAAGAUGAACUUGAAAAAGUUUCCUUAUAA